AUGAAUAUGAGAUCAUCCUCCAUACUGCCCAAAGCUACACUGACCAUAAAUCCAAACCCUGUGUACACUGGAGAGACAGUAACUGUGACGUGUUCAGUGGGGUAUGACAAUGCCUGGAGCUAUACAUGGUACAAAGACAACACUAAGAAAGUAGUGCCCCAGUCUGACAGACACACUACAACAGGAGCCACUUUCACCAUCAGUAGACCUGCUGUGUCUGACCAGAGCCUCUACUGGUGUCAGGGAGAGAUCCAGUCCAGAUCCAUAUCAUCAAUCAUCAAUGAUCCUGUCAAUAUCACUGUGAUUGAUAGACCUGUGGCUGUUCUGACCCUCCAACCCAACUGGCCUCAGAUAUUCAGUGGAGAGACUGUCACACUCAGAUGUAACAUACAGGGAGGAAAAGGGAUUGAGUAUGCUUUUUAUAACAGAGGGAAGUCGUUCUACUGGAAAACAGAGCCUGAGUACAGAAUCAGUCCUGCAAAGAAUGGUCUAUAUACCUGUGAAGGUCUUCAGAAAAUCAAUGGCUUAAAACACUCCGAGACAAGUAAUGCUAUACAAUUGACCGUGUUAGAUAAACCCCAAGCUGUCCUGAGUGUCUCUCCUCAGUGGCUGAACCCUGGAGACUCAGUUACUCUGAGCUGUGGGGUUAAAGAGUCAUCUAUAGGCUGGAGGUUCUUCUGGUACCGAACUUUUCCCUACAGAGCUGGGUUACCCUCCCUAUUGGACAAGUCCUACUCUGUAGAGCCUCUAUCUGGCAAUGGGACUACUGAAGACUCCUACACUCUGAUCCCUGCUGGUCCUAAUCACACAGGAGGAUAUGUGUGUAGAGCUGGGAGAGGAGACCCAGUCUAUGACACACUCUACAGUGAACCUCAGUUUCUCUGGUCAGGAGACCUGCAUCCUUCAGUGUCUCUCAGAAUAAGACCCAACAGAACUCAACACUUUACAUCAAAGUCUCUCUCACUAAGCUGUGAGGAGAAGGGGAACUCUACUAGAUGGAGACUGAAGAGAUACAGAGAGAGAGGAGUGGAGUCAGGGUGUGGCUCUAACUGGGGAUCAAUAUCAGGUUCCACAUGUAACAUCAGGUCCACACUUGAAAAGGACAGUGGAGUGUACUGGUGUGAGUCUGCAUCAGGAGAGUACAGUAAUGCUGUCAACAUCACAGUGGAUGCUGGUGCUGUUAUCCUGGAGAGCCCUGCCUAUCCCAUGACUGAGGGAGACUCUGUGACUCUGCUCUGUACAAAUAUACAUCAGGAAACAAACCCAAACCCCAAGGUUGAUUUCUACAAAGAUGGAGAACUCAUCAAGAAUGAGACCACAGGAGAGAUGACCAUCCCUGCAGUAUCCAAGUCAGAUGAAGGCUUCUAUAAGUGUAAAUCUACUGAAGGAGAAUCACCAGAGAGCUGGGUGACAGUGAGAGGCAUAACUCCUGGACCCUCUACAUCAGUCCUAGUAGUAGUGGUUGUGGGCCUGGUUGUUGCUGGUGUUCUACUGGCCAUUCUCCUGGUACUGCUGUGUCGAUAUAAAAACGCCAAAGGUUCCUGUUGUAACAGGAUAUUCUCGCCCCCCCAGCCACACAGCACCAACCUGGACCCCAAACAGGACCAAGGAUCUACCCAGGGCCAGGCUCCUGAUGCUGGGUAUACACGUCCGCAGCAUGACAAUAAUGACAAUGAUGCUGCUGCUGCUACUGCUGGACCAAGUGAUGUGAUGUACGCCCAGAUUCAACUCAAAAAGUUGGACAAGAAAAAGAAAAAAAAGCCAGCUGUUCCAAAAGAAAAUCCAGUCUAUUCUGAGGUCAAGACAGGGAAGGCCACAGCAGCAACUGGACAUGCUGAGGUUGACCUUAAACAGAAGGCCAAAGCCAAGAAGAAGAAAGAAACAGAAACCCCACCUGAGGCAGAUUCGGUCUAUUCUCAAGUGAAGCCAGUCACAGCCCCAGGACCUUGAGGGGGGCAGGGAUGGAGGAAUGGAGGGAUGGA